GCUAGCGGGAAGUAGUGACGACAUCACGAGGUUCCCAGUCAAGUAUCGCGACAGGUCACGCAGCCCAGGACUCAACAUGGCAGGCAGUAAGUUGUCGCUGGAAGGCAGAGUGAGUGUGAGAUGUUUUCUUCUAGGGCUCAGCGUGGUUAUCAUCCCGCUGAUCAGGACGUGGUUCGGACAUCUCGACUGGGUCUUCGAUUACCUGACGGAGACUCCGGGCAAAAUAGCGAUUUGCGUCCAGGUAGCAGUGAUGAACGGCCUGCUGCUGGUCACAUACAGAGGUCCUCUGUACAAGGUGGCGGUGAGAGCCUGUUUCCUGGGGGUCACUUUUGGUUGUGGCUUAAUCAUCAGCUUCUCUGAAACCACUUGGACACAUUUUGGCUGGUACCUGUGCUCCCUGUCGUUCUUCCAUUACUCUGAGUACCUGGUGACGGCCAUCAUCAACCCUCACAGCCUGUCGCUGGACUCCUUCCUCCUCAACCACAGCAUGGAGUACACCCUGGCUGCCAUCUCGUCAUGGGUGGAGUUCACUGUGGAGAAGCUGACAGUUCCAGAGCUGAAGCAGCUGAGCUGGCUGAGCAUUGUGGGUCUCCUCAUGGUCCUGUGUGGCGAGGCCCUGCGGAAGGCUGCCAUGUUGACCGCUGGCUCAAACUUCAACCACAUUGUCCAGAACGAGAAGGCCCAUAGUCAUGUGCUGGUUACUGGCGGGGUCUACGCCUACUUCAGACACCCUUCCUAUGUGGGAUGGUUCUACUGGAGCAUAGGAACACAGGUCUUGCUGUGUAACCCGCUGUGUAUACUGGCUUACACGAUAGCCAGCUGGCGGUUCUUCCGGGAGCGGAUUGAAGAGGAGGAGCUCUCUCUUAUCCACUUCUUCGCAGAGGACUAUGUGGAGUACAAGAAGAAGGUUCCCACUGGGCUGCCCUUCAUCUCAGGCAUCCGUGUCAACUAGUCCCAGCAGCUUGGAUCCUGGACAUAACAGACUUACAACACUAAACCAGGUCAGACCUGGUGGGUGUGCGGUGUCUGCCGUGUCGGCUGCUCUCCAGAGGGAAACCCUGCAGCUGGCUGAGAGCCUGUAGCUCAAAGACAAAGACUGAGCGCUGGGAGGACGGUGGGCAGCUGGGCUGCUGUUUUUCUACCAACCUCAAAAAUCCAAUUAAAGACCAGAGAACCUCCACUGUUCUAGAUAUAUUCCAAUAACAUCCACUCUAUCUGUUUGAAUUGUGUUUCUGUUUGCAUGCUUUACACAUGCCUAGUGUUUUCACUGAUGAGCUGAAGAAUGAUACGUGCACUGGGCCCUUUGGUAUCGUACUCCAGCAGAGGGUGAAAUGAUCAUCCUCUGAAGUUUAAAUGGGAAAUGUUUCACAAGAAAUUAUACAAUAGUUAUUUUCAAUGAGUUCACAUAGUAAGUGGCACUGUCAGUAGUUAGGUCAAAAAGCACUCUCCUUAAAUAGAUACAGUGGAAACAGCUUACAGUGUUUUACCUUUGUCCCGGUUGAAAAAGACAAUAUAAGCAGUUAAUUAAUAAAAGUGAAUUGUAUAGCUUCUAUAUGAACACACACACUGACUCACUUUGCUCGCUCUCUCUUUCUCUCUCUCUUUCUCUCUCUCUCAGACUCAGACGACGUGUGUCACCUGCUACAGUUUAAACGUCACUAUAUCAACACAUAAUGAUCGAUACCUUUCUUCAAUGCGUAAAAUCUUUCUUCACAGCGGCGCACACACACUCAUCAGCCCGUCCCGCUCGCUCUCUUCCUUUCUCCUGCGGGCACUGACACACAGUGUCAACAGACACGUGUAAGCUCAGACUGGACUAUAAAGACAGUUGAUCACUAUAUCCGUGAUCACUAUAAGUGGUUUCCACUGUAUUUCCAUUUCAAAACAAAAAAAGGCUUUAAGGAAAACUGUACAGCCACAUACUGUAUUAGAGCUCUUUGUUGGUCUUCUCACUAUCUUGUUAUCAAGACUCAUCCCUGGACAUGAGGCACGUCAGGUCAAUGGUUAUUGAGUCUAAUAUGGUCUGCAAAGGACCAGUAGUGUUGCUGCGGCUCUCAGGUCUGUAUGUAUCAUUGUCAUUAGGGGGAUGAAUACGUGUUUGUAUGCUUGGGGACAUUGUGGGUCUCUCUUCUUUAAGUUCUUAUAAACAUGUCCAAGUCAUGGGAGUGUUCAUUGGCCUUGUGCAGUUUGUGUGGGGAUGCAGACCUGAGACACACGUUAACCCUUCUCACCUGGACUCUUAACGGACGGUUGCUGUCGUCUUUCAGUCAACCAUAUCACAAUGUCCACAGUACCUACCACUGUAUACCAAAGUUCAGCUUGUUGGCUUCACUCUACAUGGUGUUUGCUCAUUUCAGCUUUGCAUCUACCAACUUGACACUUAAAAUCGUGUAUGCUGCAGUUGCAUGAGGGCUGGUUGAUAAGUUCAUGGUGGAAGGUAGGAGCAGACCUAUCAGAAAACCUCUCACAUUUAUAUUUCAACAUAAAUCACUUCAUACAUUUGCACUCCUUUUUCAGUGGUUGUGAAUCCUGUCUUUGUAGAACCCAGCAUCUUGGGCGUCUUGUCAUCCAGUCCCCCCCCCCGGUCACCUUUGAGUUCAUCAAUGCACUUCUUCACCAGGCUGUAAGAAGGGGCUACCCUCCCUUAGCCAUCCUGUUGACCUCUGAUGAUGAGGAGCCUUUUCAAACUCUGUGCCUCAUCACUAGCCAUAUUUUCUACAUAGGAGGUGCAUGUGUGAACACAAAUGUCUGAGUGAGACGCUCCGCAGUUUCUGCAGCCUUUCCCUAUGUGGUCUCCUUGUAUAGAGUUGGUAGAAAUCCAAAAGAAGUCGAUGUGUGAACACAGCAGGGGGUCCCCCGCUGGUGAUCUCUGCAGCAGAGUUAAUACAUAAUUUCCUGCCUCUGCUGCACCCGGCUACUCCAUCUCUCGUCUGAAUAAUGCGUAGGAUUUGUUGCUGUUGUGAACACACCUGUGGAGAAAACCUGCUGUGUUGUGCAUGUGUGAACUCGAGACAAUUCUCCGGAUUUCACCCCCAGGCCAUGUCUGAAAACGGCUACUGUGAGAGUUGAAAGUGCAUGUACCAAGAGUUGUAUAACUCAUCUCCUCGUACCUUAGUCCACAAACUUCUGAAUCAGCCCUCUUAACAGGAUGUUUACUAUCAUUUCACUGUCUAAGUUAAACUAUAGAGUCUGCUAAUUGUUACUAUAAACACUCAGGACAAGCUUGAUACAAGAAGACACAAGAAACAUUCAACCAAUUCAUGAAAUUAGUUUAAAUUUUGACCAGUGGCACAAUCUACUGAAUGCUGGGUUUGUGUAGUGCAGUCAGAAGCUGCAUGUACAUGUGGGUUGUGUGUGUAGUCUGAUUUUAAAGUGACACUUGUAGCAUUUAAGUGAAGUGCUCUGUGUAGUUUAAGACUAUGAGACGACUGUAUGAGGUGUUCGGAUGAUGAGCUGCCUGCAGCAUGGAACCUGAUUGGUUUCCGGGUGUGUUGCACUUUUACUGUAUAUCGUCCAUUUAUCGUAGGUCAGUAUUAAGCAGUUUGAUACUCCGACUGAAAACUGUUGGCAGAUUACUGUGCAUUUAUCCACAAAGCAGAUUUUCUCAACACCAACUGUGUGGAUUAAAAUUGAGGCAGUUAUUAUUAA